AUGGGUCUCUUACCCAUCUUCCUCUCGCUACUGCUACCCGCACUCUUGGCUACCAUCUUUCUUCCUAAGACCCUGCGCUUCGCUGCGGAAAUAGUGGGACAACACCUCCGACGAUCCUCCCGUACACGACGAGAGUUACUACUGGCCAGGGUAGCAAGCGAGACCAAGACAUUCGAGGCGCAGCAAAAGAACAAGAAGAAAGAGGACGAUGACUGGGAACAGGUCGGGAAUACACCUCCUGGCAGUGCAGUGAAGGAUGGACCGGCGGAUAGCGAAUGGGACGGCAUAGUGGGCUUCUUCCACCCUUUCUGCAAUGCAGGAGGCGGCGGCGAACGAGUCCUUUGGGCUGCGAUUCGAGCAAACCAGAAGCGCUGGCCGAAGGCUACUUGUAUAGUCUACACCGGCGACCACGACGUCGACAAAGCCGCCAUAUUGAAGCGUGUCAAAGACCGUUUCAACAUCCAGCUAUACCCGCCGACCGUUCACUUCCUCUACCUCACAACCCGCGACUGGGUACUCGCAAGCACAUGGCCGCGAUUCACACUACUGGGCCAAUCUCUCGGCUCUCUCAUCCUCGCCUAUGAUGCCUUCAGUCUUCUCGUGCCCGACAUAUUCAUCGACACCAUGGGUUACGCCUUCGCCCUCGGCCUUUCGUCCUUCCUCUUCCCGACCGUACCGACCGGCGCAUACGUACAUUAUCCGACCAUUUCCACCGACAUGCUAGACUCGCUGCAGGCUGGGGGCCAAGGCAUCAAUGCAGGAUCAGGCGCAGGAUACCGAGGCAUGGCAAAGAAGAAGUACUGGCAACUCUUUGCCAAGUUAUACAGUAAAGUCGGCAGCACCAUUGACGUGGUAAUGACCAACUCUACAUGGACGCAAAGCCACAUCAAGUCUCUCUGGGAACCAUACCGUAUCAAACGAAGCAAGGCAAUCGACAUCGACGUCGUCUUCCCGCCCGUCGCAGUCGAAGAAGUCAUAGAGGCCGUUCCAGUCUCCGAGUCUAGCGAGAAGGACCGUGGCCCUUACCUGCUCUACAUCGCGCAGUUCCGACCAGAAAAGAACCACCGACUGAUCCUCGAGGCCUUUGCAUCCUUCCUGCACUCCAAACCCGACCUCCCAGCGUACCCCAACGAUACCCCGAAGCUCGUUCUGAUAGGUUCAGUACGGAACUCGCACGACGAUGCAAAGCGCGUCUACGAACUGAGGCUUCUAGCACACGAGCUGCACAUCAAGGACAACGUCGAGUUUAUUUGCGAUGCGCCGUGGCCGCAGAUGCUAGAGUGGAUGCGCAAAGCCAGUGUGGGAGUGAACGCCAUGUGGAACGAGCAUUUCGGAAUCGGAGUGGUGGAAUACCAAGCCGCUGGCAUGAUCUCUGUAGUCAACAACUCCGGUGGACCCAAGCUGGAUAUCGUGAUUGAGGUCGACGGAAAACCUACCGGCUUCCAUGCCACAACCGCAGAGCAAUACGCCGACGGCUUCCGCAAAGCCCUCACACUUUCCCCCGAAGACACACUGGACAUGCGACAGCGGGCUCGCCGGUCAGCGGAGCGCUUUACCGAUCAAGUAUUCGCCGAGAGGUGGCUGAAGAACACGGAGAAGCUCGUUGCCCUGCAAAUCGAGCGCACAGCAAAAUAA